AGAUUCCCCAUUUUCCCCAAAUUUUCACAUUUGGGUGUGCUUUUCGUCGGAAAUGAACCAUACCAAAAACUCAGACUGAAAAUAAUCGAGUUUUCGUGAAAACAUAAGAAGUGUGAAAAAAACGGGAGUAAAGUGAAAUACACAAACACAUUUUCACUGCUAUCCGAACAAAUUCCACGGAUUGGUCUGGUUUCUGAAAUUCAAUGUGAACUGCGAUUUGAAUAGCAAUCGAACAGAAACUUAAGAGUUCAUUUAGAAGAGAAUACAAUUUUUAAUCAGAUGUUAUCAGCAGCAAUUGUGGAGCACGCAGCUCUUGGCUUUGCAUUCGCCGUCCUCUCGCUAUUCGUUCUUGCAUUUGCAGUCAUCGCAGUGGUUUUGCUCACAAUUUCACAUUCAUGUUGGUAUAAAUGUGAUGCAGAAGGAGAUCCAUUGAUGGAAGACUACAACACAUUAUUCACAGAAGCAACUGUUGAGACGGGCGAGCCAAUUGAGACGGUUGUUGGAUACACGCCAAAGCAUGCUGAUAUUGUGUGAUCAAAUCAUAUUUAUUGAUGUUUUAACGUUCGUAAUUUGAUCAAAAUAAAAUUUAUUGAGUUUUAAUUUUUAAUAAAAUACCGGAAGCUU